AUGCACUAUCCUGCUAGCAAAACCAUUGUAGUGCUCAAUCUGCAUCAGCAGCAACAACAACAUGAAAAAUCAGUUACCAUUGCCAUGAAUUUCAAACAGACGCAUGACACAGAGGGAUCCCUCAUUACAGAAGGAGCUUGUGGUUACGGAGAUCUUCACAAAGCUAGCUACGGAAAGCACAGUGUUGGAUUAAGCACAACUUUGUUCAACAGAGGGACUACGUGUGGGGCUUGCUACGAGAUCAGAUGUGUUGACCAUAUCUUGUGGUGUGUGCUUGGAAGCCCUUCUGUAAUUGUUACCGCCACUGAUUUCUGUCCUCCUAAUUACGGUCUCUCAGUUGAUUAUGGUGGCUGGUGUAACUUUCCAAGACAACAUUUUGAGUUGUCACAACCUGCAUUUUCUGAAAUUGCCAAAACAAAAGCCGAUAUUAUUCCGGUUCAGUAUAAAAGAGUGAAGUGUGAAAGAAGUGUUGGGAUGAAGUUUACAAUGAGUGGAAGUUCUCAUUUCUAUCAAGUUCUAAUUACUAAUGUGGGGCAAGAAGGUGAAGUGUUUGCUGUGAAACUGAAGGGAUCUAGAACAGGAUGGAUACCAAUGGCAGGGAAUUGGGGAAUGAAUUGGCACUGCAAUGUCAACCUUCAACAUCAGCCUUUGUCCUUUGAGGUAACCAGCAGCACUGGAAAAACACUCGCAUCUUACAAUGUAGCACCAUCAAACUGGCAACUUGGACAGACAUUUCAAGGAAAACAAUUUUAA